UUCCCCUGUAUGUGAUAAGUCUGGAUUGUGUUGCGGCACAGUCUCCUUCAGUUCGCCCUCCAACCCGGUGACGCUUCCCUUAACCGUGUGGCGUGAGGAACUUCUCUGUUAAAGUCACUUUAGUCAACCGACACUUCCACUUCAACCGAUAAAAUGGCGACAGUGCCUCCUUCAUAUGCUGACCUGGGUAAAUCUGCUAAAGACAUCUUCAACAAAGGCUAUGGAUUUGGCUUGGUGAAGCUUGAUGUCAAAACAAAGUCAGCCAAUGGUGUGGAAUUUAAAACAUCUGGUUCAUCCAACACUGAUACCAGCAAAGUGGUGGGGAGCCUGGAAACUAAAUAUAAGAAGACAGACUAUGGGCUGACCUUCACUGAGAAGUGGAACACUGACAACACACUUGGAACAGAAAUUACCAUUGAAGAUCAGAUUGCCAAGGGACUGAAGCUGACUUUUGACACAACCUUCUCACCAAACACUGGCAAGAAGAGCGGAAAAGUUAAGACUGCUUACAAGCGUGAGUAUGUCAACGUGGGCUGUGACGUGGACUUCGACUUCGCUGGCCCCACCAUUCAUGGAGCUGGUGUGGUCGGCUACGAGGGCUGGCUCGCCGGUUACCAGAUGUCCUUUGACACCGCAAAAUCCAAGAUGAUUCAGAACAACUUUGCCAUUGGCUACAGGACAGGCGAUUUCCAACUGCAUACUAAUGUCAAUGAUGGAGCUGAGUUUGGAGGGUCCAUCUACCAGAAGGUGAGCGACAAGCUCGAGACGGCAGUCAACCUGGCAUGGACUGCUGGCAACAACAGCACACGGUUUGGUAUUGCAGCCAAAUACCAGCUGGAUCAGGAUGCCUCAAUCAGUGCUAAAGUGAACAACAAUAGCCUUGUUGGUGUUGGAUACACCCAGACUCUUAGACCAGGUGUGAAGCUCACGCUGUCUAGCCUGGUUGAUGGAAAAAACAUCAAUGCAGGAGGCCACAAGCUGGGUCUUGGUUUGGAACUGGAGGCUUAAUCUUCAUACUCAAAGGGACGAGGGAAUAUCAGAAGAAUCUGGCCUUAAAUGUAUUUCCAACACAAACCAGCAAGGGGAUAUAUCAGAGAGAUGGGUUCAAAGGCUGUAAUCUGCUGAGUUAUUUAGCAUGACUUAAUGUUGGUGCAUUCCCCCGUAUUCAGUUUCCACUCCAUAAUUGCAUUUGUUCUCAAACGAUGUUGACAGUUCCGAUUAUUUAAUCUUUUUUUUUUUUUUCUUUCUUUCUUUCUUUCGCACUGCUGUGAUGACAGCCACUCCACAUCCCCUUGUCUGUCAAAUUGUGUGGCUUUGUUGUAAAAAUCCCAGGCACUGUUUCUGUGAGAACAUGAGCUGACAGUUUUGUUGGGUGAACAUGAUUGCAAUUUUUACAGUCAUGUCUGAUAUUCCUUUGUCAUCUAAAACUUUACUUACAAAAGUACUUACACUAGGCUUGUCUGCUGUUAUUUAAAUACUGCUGUACUGUUUCUGUUCGUCAUGCACACAAGGACAAACUAAAGCUCUGUAUUGUU